CUCUGAAACAACCCUCUUCCUCCAGGAGUCUCCCUCUUCGCGUCUCCCCAUCCUUCUUUUUUCCGUUGUUCCUUUUUUUUUUCCGCCUUCUUUCUCAAACCUCUCAGCCCUCAACACCUCCAGAGAUGUGAGUAGAUAAGGAGGACCUCCUUCUGGUGGUGACUUGGAUCCUGCGCGCUUCAGAGAAACGACCAUCCUCAUCUUCUGCUCUUAUUUUUAUUUAUUUAUUAUAUUUCCUUUUUUUUUUUUUUUUUUUCCUGGACGUUCGUCUGCCUCCCAACAAUGUAGAUGGUGCCAGCUGAGCCAUGAAGGUGCCAACUACUUGUCCUGUUUUCCCUGGCCGUCUUUGGCUUUCCUGUUGGGAGGUGGGAAUGAAUAAUUUGCGCGAAGGCAAAGUUUGAGGGUCUGCAGGCUCACCUGUCCACCUGUCUUCAACAAGGAAGAGCACUGACUCCAGAAAAACAGAUGAAAAACUUCUGAGACAGCUUUCUGCUGGUUAUUUGUAUUAUUAUUAUUAUUAUUUUUUUUUUGGUGGGAUUUUAUUGCGUUCUUGGAUGAAUUUGAUGUGCGCAACGGAGACGGAUAUGGCUUAAACGAUGCUCGCGUUCACAGCUGGAGCAAGGUCCGUAACUUUCAGCGUUUUUCUCUGAAGCACAACUCGCCGACUUUGGUGGAAACCCAUCCAGAUGGGAGGGGAUCUGGAGGACUGAGGCGGAUUCGGCAGUCGAGAAAAAUGUGGAUAAAAAGGAGUGUUGCGCGCAGUUCCUCUGCUUUGAGGCCAGGCAGCUGCGUGGGGCACUGGGUGUGGAUCCUGUUGGCCAUGACUCACCUCACCCUGGACUUCUCUUUGUGCAGCCCUCUCAGUCAGGGACUGGGCAUCAAACUCGUGCCUAAAUCGGUGCCUCGGUCCCGGCCUCGCUUGCAGCCUCUCUGGGAUAUGCCUAACAAGCUUCACUGGAGAACAGUGAGCCCAUUAGCGCGUCGGCUUCUCAACCCUGUUCCUCCACCCCAAGACAACAGGGCCGGGAUUUGGCCAAAAGUUAAAAUUCAAAAGCAUAGAAAGCUUAAAGGACAAACAGCGUGUAAGGAGUGCCGGUUGAAAUAUUCUCAAACAGAGACAGCCGAUGCUUUGGCUGGAAUAGCAGAAGAUUCAGUGGUUUUAUCAAGCGGGAGAGUGUUAAUUAGAGCCAGGAGGCAGCUCAAAUGGGACAGCUUUGACAAGUCUCAAGAGGGCCGGACUACCACAGUGUCUGAAUAUAUUGAAUGGGGCCCCACGGGGAAUGAUAGUAUAUAUGAGGAAGGCAAAGUGGAACCCAAUGGAACACUGUCCACCAGGGCCUCAUUUACCACAGUGGCAACAACCACUAGCACUACUCCAAGGCUUUCCCAAAGGACGUUCACUGUAGUGAGCACAACAACAUCCAAGAGCACCACUAAGUCCACGAACAGUAAAACAGAGACUGCCAAACCACCAAAGCCAUAUGGGGACACGCAAGGUUUGGCAGUUCACCAGAUUAUCACAAUCACUGUGUCUCUCAUCAUGGUUAUUGCAGCCUUGAUCACAACACUCGUCCUUAAGAACUGUUGUGCACAGUCUGGAAAUGGUCGCCACAAUAGCCAUCAGAGAAAGAUCCACCAGCAAGAGGAAAGCUGCCAAAACCUGACAGACUUCACCCCAGCUCGAGUGCCAAGCAAGGUGGACAUAUUCACUGCCUACAACGACAGCCUGCAGUGCUCACAUGAGUGCGUUCGGACUGCCGUGCCCAUCUACACUGAUGAGAUGAUCCAGCAGACACCUGUCUUCAAGACCUCUUACAAUGGAAACAGGCCUUCUCCCACUGAAAGACAACUGAUACCCGUGGCCUUUGUGUCGGAGAAAUGGUUUGAGAUCUCUUGUUGACGAGCUGAAGGCUUUCUUCAUGCUCUGUGGGAAAGACAUCCUGACUUCAUGCUCUGGAUCCUGUUGGAAACACAAAACAGCUUAUUUUGUAAGAUAGUGUAAUCACUUCUCGGACACUGGUGAAGAUAUUUAUUUUUCUAGAGAUAUCGAGGAGGGCAGCCACAAUGUGCUGCCUCACCAUCUUUCCAGAAAUCUACAUUCAUUUAGAUAUAGAGUAUAUAUAGAUAUAUUUACAAGCUGUAUGGAAUUAGACUGUGGACAUCACGGAUGUCUCAAGGAAAACAUUUGAGAUAAAAAAUUAAAAAAACGGAGCCCAAGGAGCUGUGUUGGGUGAAAGAUGAACUGUAUUUCUGAACAAUGUGCCAAUAAUGCCACUAUGUGCCACAACCUGGUGAGAUGGAAGUUUUACAAUACCUGACGGACUAAACACAAAGAGUUAUAUUAACCCUGUAUAAAUUCCAGAUAUGCUUUUUUUUUCUUUUUUAACAAAAUGUAAAAAAGAAAAAUACUAUAAUUGUAUUUGAAAAUGUUUUCAAAUAGUUUUAACAAAUGUGUUGCCAGAGAAUCUAAAACAUAUUUAUAUAAAUCACUAUUCUAUAAGAUUUGAAAGAGAGACUAAGAAAACGCAGAGGUGGUUUAUGCUUUAUUCAAUAGUAAAAAAAUAAGUUUCUAUCAAUCCCAUUUUAAAAUCAGAAUAGUUACAUCUAUUUUUGUACACCUAAGAGCCUGCCACAGUACUAACAGUGGAAGUCUGGAUCACUGGAAACCACUGUUAAAAUAUUUUAAAUAUAUUCCCCCUUAACUAAGAAGACAACUCAAAACUUCACCACGGUGCAAGCCAAUUCAUUGCCCACAUCAACUGCUUAUUAUUUGAGCUUCAUAUCUGAGAUUAAUGGAAAAUAUACUAAAACCUGGUACGGUGCAUGCUUUAACAAAUUCCCCAGCAGGAAUUUCAUGUAAAGUUUGAAUAAAGGCAGAGAGAUCGACAGAACAUUCAUACAAUCUUAGGUAUGUCAAGCAUUGACAUACAUAGAUCAUAUUAAUAUCUGAGAAAGCAGUUGAUGUAGACAAAAUUCUGACAUUCUGUUAUGAAUUAGACAGAAAAGGUAGUUUGACAACCACACAUUGCAAAAGAAAUUGCAAAACAGUCUUUUGGAAGAAAGAAAGAAAAAACAGGUUGUGAGGGUGUUCCACUGGGGUGUCUCUUAAGACCCAAAUGAUCUGCAUCAUGUUUAUUUUAUGUACUUAUUUUCUUUUUAAAUACAGGGAUUUAGUGGGAAAGAAUCCUCUUAUGGGAUGUGACAUGAAGGUCAGCUUUCUCCAAACCCAGAUCUGUUUGGUGUUUGAGAAGAACACUUCCACCAUAUUAUAAUCUCAGCUGUCACAGCCAGGAUGAUGUGGGCAGAUUGUGUUAAAUUCUGGUUCGCAAGCAAAAUUUAUACAAGAAAUCUGGCACUUUCUCACCAUCUAGAUUUGGUAAGGGAUCAAGACAAGCCAAUCAGAAAUUGGUUUAAACUGUCUUUGAAGUCAAGUUUAAUGAUUUACGUAAUGCGAAGGGUAGAAAAGCUCUCCUUAAAACGUCCUAAUACCGUUAAUUUCAUUAUUAUUAAACGUCAAGCUUCAAUUACGUUCGUGCUAUGAAGCUUUUGUGGACGUCGUCUAAUAUUCUACCUUUUAUUGUGCUGUAGGUUUGUACAAAGCACAAAUACAAUUCUGUAAUUGUAAACAUUUCUGGCUGCUAUCAGCAAUAUGUACAGAUUUAAACCAUGGGUCCACUGGGUGUUUACAUUUAUUUUACUGUAAUUACUGAGGGGGUUUCUAAACCCAGUUCCUACAAAGGAACCAAAGAAAACAGGUUGUCCCACAAUGUCCAGUUGUUUUCACACAUGAACUCUGGGGAUGUUUAAGGAAAUGUGCAGACAGUUUGAUCCAGAUUUUUUACACGAUAGCUGUUUGCACCGGCCUUUCACAGUGGAGGGGAUUUCCUCAGGAGAGUUGCUCUCACAGCUAGAAAUGUGACAGAGGGGAAGUGGGGAAGUUCUUAGUAAACCACACAAGUGGAUAGAUAUGAUAAAAAUAGUAUGAAAUAAUUAAAAACGAUAUGAAAGAUCUGGUUGACAGGCUGUAGAGUGAGGAAGUCCUCUAGAUGGGGGACGAAACGUUUCUCACUUAAAGAAACUGGUCCAGAUGACACGAUUUAACUUUUUUUUUAAUUUUAUAUGAAAGAGUAACCAUUAGCAAAGUACAAAAAUAACUUUUGAUUGCUUGUUGUAAAUGCUCCAGAAGAUCUGCUAUGUUAAGGCAGUGGUUCUCAACCCUGGUCCUUGAGGAACGGAAGGGUGAUUAACAGGCUUCUGCCGAACUUAAGGAAGUAAAUAAACCACUAAAUUAAUUCAACCUUUAUUUAUACAGCUUAAUCCCAUUGAGCCUCAGGAACUCAUUUACAAGAGA